AUGACUGAGCAGGUUUAUUUGAGGGGAAACUGUUAUUGCUGGUUAGUGUUGAAUGGUCUGGAGUUUGGAAGCGGUUUUGACGGAGGGGAAGUGCACAGCCACAGCAGGGAGAGUGACCAGGUUGAAGCACACAGCCACAGCAGGGAGAGGGACCAGGUUGAAGCACACAGCCACAGCAGGGAGAGGGACCAGGUUGAAGCACACAGCCACAGCAGGGAGAGGGACCAGGUUGAAGCACACAGCCACAGCAGGGAGAGGGACCAGGUUGAAGAACACAGCCACUGCAGGGAGAGGGACCAGGUUGAAGCACACAGCCACAGCAGGGAGAGGGACCAGGUUGAAGAACACAGCCACUGCAGGGAGAGUGACCUGGUUGAAGCACACAGCCACAGCAGGGAGAGUGACCUGGUUGAAGCACACAGCCACAGCAGGGAGAGGGACCAGGUUGAAGCACACAGCCACAGCAGGGAGAGGGACCAGGUUGAAGAACACAGCCACUGCAGGGAGAGGGACCAGGUUGAAGAACACAGCCACAGCAGGGAGAGGGACCAGGUUGAAGAACACAGCCACUGCAGGGAGAGGGACCAGGUUGAAGAACACAGCCACUGCAGGGAGAGGGACCUGGUUGAAGCACACAGCCACAGCAGGGAGAGGGACCAGGUUGAAGAACACAGCCACUGCAGGGAGAGUGACCUGGUUGAAGCACACAGCCACAGCAGGGAGAGGGACCAGGUUGAAGAACACAGCCACUGCAGGGAGAGGGACCAGGUUGAAGAACACAGCCACUGCAGGGAGAGGGACAG